ACUAAAGUCACCCUAUAGCAGUACUCGCCACCACAUCGGCAAGACUUGCUUUAUAGCGAUCGCUCGCAUAAAGCUGCGACAGAGCGGGACGGGUCUGACGGCUCGCACCGCGGGGUGUUAAGACCGGCCAGCCGCAGGCGACGCCGCAUUACACCGUCUGGAUUACUUGUGCCGCGGACGAGGUGGUGAUUCUCGUUCAGCCUUCGUGUCUCUCGUCUAGACUCGAGAACAAGGAGAGCCUCUCACAACGGCACCAUCGCACGGGUCGCGCUAUGGCCAUUCGCCACCCAUUCGUGAGAGACCUAGGUUGUGACCUGAGACGAAAAUAAGAACUGUCAACUCUGCAACUUGAUUGUAAUGUCCAGAGCUCAAUUCUAAGCUUUGAGUUUGUUUACUCGAAAACAACUCCUUGAAACGUCAACAAAGGUGGAGUUGUACGGAUGUGGAGCGUCAAGUAGUAUUACGUUAUAGUUUGGGAUAAAUGACGUUCGAAGUGCGCGCUACCACAUGAUUCUUUCUGAUAAAACUUUCAGGGGAAAACAAGAAACGAUAAUAUUAAGUAAACGUCAGUUGAUCUUAAGUCGGCCAUCGGUCUGCAUUCAGAUUUGUACGCGGCUAAUGACCCAACAGACAAGGCAUCGGUGAAAAUAGCAGAGGAAGUACCCAGAGUUUGCCGAUCACGGAUCACAUGUUCAAAAAGCCAGGAUUAAUAGCAAAGCCUGGAGGGUCUGCCCAUCCAUUUACGUCUCAGCCGAGCAAGACAGUGUUUCUGAACGUAUAGCCGUUACUUCGGCUUCCAGAAACUCGUAAAAGACCUACAUGGGAAAAGACUCCGCGAACCAAUGAUCGGAGGUGCCAUGUCGACGGACAGUGAGGCCGAGAAACGCGCCGUCAGCCCCGAUGACGACAGCGGGCACGAGUCGGUCAGCGAUCUCUCGAUCAGGACCAAGUUCACCAACUUCUUCAUCGACAACAUUCUCCGUCCGGACUUCGGACGAUGCAACUACGAAGAGGAGGAAGGCGAAACGGAGGAAGAUGCAGGGAAGAGAGACGAUAGUACCGAGAGAAAGCAGACCCAAACCACGGGAAGAGUGAGAAACGUAGAAGUAGUGAGCGAGAAAGGAUCGAAACAAGACCACUGGCCGGCUUGGGUCUACUGCACGCGGUACUCAGACAGACCUUCAUCUGGGCCAAGGACUCGCAAGAUCAAAGCCCGCACCUCCAUCGCAGAGAGCUCCCCCACGCGGCGAGACGAAAAGCGCCCCCGCACAGCCUUCAGCGCCCAACAGCUCCAGCGUCUCAAACACGAGUUCCAGCAGAGCAACUAUCUGACGGAAGAGCGCCGCCGCGGCUUGGCGGCCGAGCUGCGCCUGAACGAGUCGCAGAUCAAGAUCUGGUUCCAGAACAAGCGAGCGAAAAUCAAGAAAGCCAACGGAUUGCGCAACUCGCUGGCCCUGCAGCUAAUGAAGCAGGGGCUAUACAACCACUCCACCGUGGCCGUGGUGUCGGUAGAAGGUGAGGACACGUCGAAUUCGACAAGAGAAAACACGACAAGUUUACCAACUUCAUAGAAUGAACAACGUACGGGACAACAAAAACCAAUCCUGACUCUUGGAGAAAAAAAGCGGCAUCCACUUAACACUUGAACACAUGCUUUUCAGUAUGCAAGCACAAGUCCUUUCCCGAGUUGAGGAAUAUCCAACAGAAAUUGCUGUAGGCUCCAACAGGACGGGCUUGGCAAAUUGUACAUGGAUACGCGGGGUCCCUUGCUUCCAUAUAUUAUCCCACUCCUUUCUCUGGAUGUCAAGACUCAUUACGCUUUGUGUAACUCUCAGACGUGUCUGGAGUAGAUUUCAUCAAGAAAACGCUUCUGAUAUGAAAAUGAAUUACCGGGUUACAUGCAAUGGGACCUCCGUUAUGAUUUUGAUUUUCAGUUUCGGAAAGUGACUAGCAACCGUGUCCAUCAUGCCGUGUCCCUAAUGACAAGCAAUCAAUCUCCGGUCUUAAAAGACUGUUUUUACAGAUUUAUUUUUGACCACACCGUCAGGAAACUGAGAGAAUCGUGUAAGGGACACACGUCAUAUCGCCUCCCGUUCUAGAAAAUAAAGUAGAUGUAAAGACUGCCCUCAACGUUGGCCAUGUAUGAAGAGUAGUUAAUGACUCAAAAGAGGGCGCACUGUAAGUAAUUUCAGUAUGUUGAGAGUUUUGUAUCAUGUCUUGUCUUGGAGACAGCGAAAGUUGCCCCUAGCUGUUUUGAAGACAGCAUGUUUGAUUGUGCUGUUUCUUUCCGGCAACCACUGAAUUUAGUGGAUUGCAUGGAGAUCAUGCAAGUAAUCAUUUUCAUGUUAAAUUGUAAAUAAAUGUAUAAAUAAAAGAUUAUUGUCAUUGUUGCAUGGAAUACUAAUGACACCUGUCAACUUUGUAAAUCGUGUUUACUCAAACAUUUUGCCCCACCGUUUGUGCAACGAUAACAAAACAAUACAUCAUUUUGCACUGAGGGUAUAAAAUGAACGAAAAUGCGAAGUAAUUACACACCAGUCAUGAUGCCAAAGGAAAACAGACAGUAAAAUAGAUUUAUAUUCUACAAUCUUCUCUCCUUGAUUCCUUUUAUGGUUCAUCUUAAGGAUGUUAAUAUGAAAGUGAAAUCUUUUUGAGAAACAAAAACAGAGCUUGAACAAUUCCCCAAACAAGAUUGAUUUGGUUCUGAAAGUGAUUUCAAAAUCUUUGGUCUGCAUGGGUUACUUACUUGGCAUAAAGUAAACAUCCAGCAUUCAUUGUUUUUUAAUGACAUCAUUGGGUAUGUUAAAAUAACUUGCAGAGCAAAGUAUUUUGGACCAAAACGUUAACGAAAUAACGACUGUGGCGACUCUGACCACAUAACCUUUUAUAGUUUGAGGGAACAUGUUUUGUUUCUUUUGUACUUUUAGACACUUUCACCCGCUUAACUAUAUAUCUUGUUAUGUAUUUAUUGUUCCUUUUAAAACUUUUUUGUUUGUUGGAGCAUUUAAUGUUUUAAUACACAUUCAGGUGAAGUCAAAAACGGGCAAAUGCAUACAUGGAACAAAAUGAUUUAAGUAUUGCUUGUAUUUUUUCUUAAAGAUUUGAUUAUUAUUCUUUGAAA